AUGUUUAAACGACUGGCUGCAACAACAACACUCAAAACAACACACCGAUCAUCAGGAACAACAAAAUCAUCGUCUUCGUCGAAGGUGUUUCUCCAAACUGCUCUAAUUUGGUGUUUAUUUCUGCUGCUAAUGGAUCCGACCAUGGCCAUAGGCUUGGGACGCUGUCCCAAGUAUCCAUCGAUGCCAAAAUUCAACAUGAGUCGGGUUCUGGGUCAAUGGUAUGAAGUUGAAAGAUCAUUUUAUUUGCCUGAAAUAGCCUCAGGCUGUACCACAUUGGAAUUCCAGCCACUGCACAAAGAAGAGCUGUCCAAGUUUAAUAAUUUCAAACUGGAAGUGGCCAUUAAGACAAUUAAUAGAAUAACUGGUAAUCCUUCGGUGAACCUGGGAUAUGCCACACCAGAAAAUCGUAAAUCAUCCAUAAUGGAUUUUAAGUUUAACACCCGCUUCCCCGAUGUCAUUGCCCGCCUAUUGCCCGGCUCGGGCAAAUAUCAAGUCCUCUAUUCCGAUUAUGAUAAUUUUGCCAUUUUGUGGUCAUGUGGUAGUUUGGGCUCUUUGGGUUAUUCGGAUCAAAUAUGGGUAUUUGGUCGAACAAGAGAUUUCCCGGUGGAGACAAGAGCUAAAAUUUAUGAUGCCUUAAAGAAAUUGGGUUUGGAACCGGAUCGUUUGGUAUUGAGUAAAAAUAAAAAUUGCCCAAAAACUUUAUAACUUCCAUAAUUCCAAACUAUAAAUUAAGAUUAU